GUCAUGGUGAGACGUCGUCGUCCGUUUGGCUUGCAGUACGUACGCGCUCUGCGUGCAGCAAGCAGUUGAUGGAAGGCUAGUGCUUUCCGGAGUAGACAAGGAGGGCAGCGAAAUUGGGCAGUUUGCUUGAUAUUGUAGAAGAUAUAAAAUGUCAGAAGGUCUAUCAAAAAUAUGUGGCCCAAUACCUCCCGAUCCAACACUAUUUCCUGACAGUUAUAAGCGCCCUAUGUCUGCACGAGGAAGAUUGGAAGGCAAUGAUCUUAAACUGGAUUUUCUCUCUGGACCUCUGGCACCUGAUCCCACAUUAUACCCAGCCUGCUAUAGUGCACGACCUGCACCUGUACCACGUGUUCGCCCUAAUGCCACUGACAUCCUGGAGAGAAGCAAGAAAGGGAGUGUUGGCAAUCUUUUGCAGCUGGAGGGAGUUGCUUUACACAUAGAUGCCCACCCGACAAAAAAAGAGGCAAAAAAUCAUGAAAAGGAAAAUGUACGAAGGAUGCGAGAAAUCCAGCGACGCUGCAGAGAGAGGGAGAUGGAAAGAGAAGAGACUGGCCCAAAACCAAUAAAAGCACUCUGGAAAUCACAGAAGUAUGAGGGUGUACAAUCCAAAGUCAUGGCCCAGCUGCAGCAGAAUCAGGCAGUUUCUGUCCCCAUCAAUGAGGAAACCUCGCCACCAAAAAAGCCAGAGUAUCAUAAUUUUCUAAGAGCGUAUUCUCGCUGUGGUGCCGGAGGUCGUCCAAAAAGCUCCCAGUCUUUCAGCCUUCAGAAGUCUCAGAGUUCUGCCACAUUGAAGGAAGACAUUAAUACAUCAGAGAUUCAAGUCAGCGGAUCACUUGUUGACUUUGUGAGUCAUAAUGCUAGGAAUGCUAAAUCAUCAACACUUCGUCGAUCAAAGUCUCUACAGUUGUUAUCUGAUGUUGUAGAAAAGAAGAAGGUGGAACAGGAGGAGUACAAUACCAAACAGAAAGGACGGAUUCCCCAGUACUUACAAGAACGCAAGGACCAGUGGCAACGUGAGAGAGAAGAGAGGAAGAAAAAUCAGCCUGAUCCAUCAAUGCCACCUGGCCACAGCAUGAUGCCUGAGAAAGAAAAGCAAGAAACCCUUAACUCGCUGAAAGAAACUCAGAAGAAUCUGGUAAAGGAAUUGCUGUCUCUCCCUGUGAGAGCUGACACGCUGAGUAUACAAGCACGAAGAACUGAGCUUGACAAGAAGCUCUCUGAGGUUGAGGAGGCUAUCAAAAUAUUUUCAAGAGGAAAAGUGUUUAUUAAGAUUGACAACUAAAUUGUUUUUUAUAUAUACUAAAUUAAUCAAGCACUGUAGAGUAAAGACAGGUAAUCUAAACAGCAUGGAGAAAAGUCUGCAAUCAGUUGAUCUUUAGUAAAUGCAUCCAGCAUUAAUUAUUCAGAUUACCUGCAGUCUUAUAUUUUGCUGUACUGAAUCAUUCCCUCUAACAUUCUUCUGAGUAUUCUGCUUCAGUUUAUCAGUGUUUCUGUUGGUUUUGCAGAGCUUUUAUUUAAACAGUUCUUCACUCUUAUAAUUUGAAGCAAAUGUUACAUUGACUGGGUGCUAUUAUGCAAAAUCAUAUAAAGUGACAUAAUGUAAAUAAUGUUGGAAUACAUUAAUUUAAAAAAUAGUAUGCUCUGUAAAGAUAAAAAGUUCAUACCUGGGUUUACUGUUUAAACAAAAAAUAUAUCCCAUUUUUUGAUUGCAUGGGAUAUAUAUGGUGAUGGUUUUAUUUUUUAAUAAGCUAAUGUUAUUUAUUUUGGAAACAGAUUUUUUAAUUCUGUUUACAAUUAUUUUAAUUAGUCUGUUUAUGCCCUGCUUUAAAACCAUGAAUACGAGUUAUCUCUAAAGAGUACAUAAAAGUGUCUAUUUUUCUAUUGCGUUAAACCUAAAAUAAUGACAAUAAAUGUGUAUAUAAUUUCUUCUU